ACAAACGCAAUAGAGCUGUCAGUUGUAGUUAUUUGUUUUGACAUAUUUUUAAAUUCAGAUAGCAACUUAAAAAUGCAUUGAAUUCAAAAAUAUUUAAGAGUAAAGACAUUCAUAAAGUUGAAGAUUGUUACUUUAUUAUUAUAGAUUACUCAGGUACACUCAGAGCAUCUAUUUACAAACUUCGUAUUAUUUGAGGUUAUGUAUGUUGCUGGAAAAUAGGUGUAAAUUGCUCUAAAUCUUUAGUUAUCAUGGGCAUUAGUAAUAUGAUGGAAGAAGCAGUAAUGCAAGAAGAAUCAGCAUGUCAAAUACCUGUCGAUGAUGAUAUCUUAAAAAAAGAUAUGAUAGAAUUUAUAGCACAUGAUAGUCGACCUUAUUUCCAAAGCCAGCAAAUCGGCGAUGCUGAUUUAACUACUCGACAAAAGCGAGAAAUUGCCACAGAAUUAUUCGACAAAAGUAAAUAUGCAUUCCUCUCAAGAUUUGGCCUUUAUCUCACACCUGAUCAUCUACUCUAUUUUGAGAAUAACUGUGAAGCAGAUAAGUAUGAAACUGAAUUUAUGUUAAGGCAAAUUCGAAGAUUUAAUGUUGAUCAAAAACGCAAUACAGACAUUCGUAAUAGACGAUAUGAGGUAAUGAAAAAAAUGAUAUCCGAGCAUGUGUACUUCACAGAAUCAGAAAUGAUGAGCAGAGAGCCAUUGUUAUACGAUCAGCUAGUAGGUAAAUAUUUGUCUGAAAAGGAAAGACAAGAAAGGGAUAAAAGCACUGGUGAAGCAAAUCCAACAUUUGUUAAUGUAUUAUUAGAUGGGAUUGAAAAAACCAGGGUUAGUAACUUACUUAAAACUCAAUUCGACGAUGAAGAAGCGAUGGUUGAAGAAGAAGAUAGUGAUGAAGAGAUUCCAAAUACAAGUCAUGAAUAUACUCCAGGUUUUUCACAGUGGGGCGAAAUGGCUGACGUUGAAAAACCAACAGAUAUAGAAUAUUCUGUCAACAAAGCCUCAGAAAUACCACUCACCGCUCCUGAAAGAGAAAUUUUAAAGGAAGAGUUUAUCAGUACUAUGUACAGUAACUUUUUAGAUGGAAAGGAUAAAAAUUUUGAUUAUUCCUCGGUUGAUUAUAAUUCUGAAUAUGAUAACGUUGAUAUUAGAGCUCAAGAUGAAGAAGAGAAAUAUUUUGAUUCAGAAGAACCAGACUGUGUGGAAGAAGUUAGUCUGGAUGAAGAAGAUGAGCUUGAUCUUUAUAUGCAGCAUUUAGCCCUGCAUCCUAGCCUACAAAAAUAA